CGUUGGAACACCGAUUUCUGCGAAAAACGCUCCGAUUUUCCGACGUGGAUCUCCUGGUGUGCGUUAAGACCGCCUUCGCCGAUUACGAGCUCGCAACGAAAAUGGACAACGCCAAUCGUACGGCGGUCGCUCCUCACGGCGUGGUUUCCUCGUCAACGACUUGUGUUUGGAGUCACGACCACGAAUUUCCGUUGUUGCGAUAUUUUCUAAGCCAGGAACUCGAGGGCGAUCGGCGACUGGCGGCAAUGGGGCUCGUGGCCGCAAUCCCAAAGGUGGUCGCAUGGAUGCAGCUAGUGCAAGAAAAGGCGGAGGGCCGUGUUUCCCGGGACGAAGCACGCAUCGAUCUUUCGGUGGAAAUGUUCCUGUGCAAGUUCUGUCCGUCUUCAUCCCCUAAUCAUAAUCGGACGGCACGCUCCCGUGAUCUAAAAAACGGGGACGGGACCACGGUGAGGUGUGAGUGUGAUGACGGUGCCCUACAACUGUUUACUGAGUUUGCAUCCGUCUGGAAUCAAGCGAUUUGCCGCUGGGGCAUCUUAGAACGACACGAGUGUCAACGGUUGCCAAAAUUCGAGAUGUGUUUGACCACACCCCUGAUCUACAGUUGUUAUGGAGAGGAAGAUGAGAAUGUGUACUUGAAGCUUCUAAUUACUGCUUUGGCUGAUAUUCAGAAUGACUUCUUGCUCUCCUACCUCAAGAACGGCAUUGCUGCAACGACGAACACAUCGGAAGGGACGGUCAAUUCUCCUAUUGCAAAGCAGCACUCCACCGAUGCAGUUUUCUGUACUAGGCACGGCCAGCACAACGGAAUCAUCCCCGUCGCGCGUACCGUCGUGACAGCUACGGCUGCGUCCUUAGCAGCCCCGGUCCCCCUAACAGACGUCCCGCGUCUCACAAGCAACCAGCUUCUCAGCACAUCCUGGUUCGCGGAAUCGGUGCUCCAUAAGACCGGGUUCUUUUGCUGUGGCUUUGCAUGUGAGUGGGAAAGGACACAAAGUCAAGCAUCGAAAUUGCAACUACACAGUCAUCGCGACUCCCAACCCGGUGUCCGCAGUUCUGGUCGCUCCUUGUGUGUGGCGUGGGAACUUCUGGAAAACUACAUCCGAGAGCACGCAAUCGAUGGGAAAGUGUUUUUGGACACACCGAAGCUGGCGCAACGAAGAAACGAAAUUCGCAGCCAAGUGCCCGCACUUCUCGGAACAACAGGCUCUUCAAGCCAAGCCGGCCGAGGCAAAAUGGCAGAGACAGGAUUUGCUCCCUUCACCUACCGUGGCGAAAUUCUCGGUAACCGCACCGUUCUGACGGAUUUAAUUGAGAAAUGCGGCGUUUCGCAAAAAAUUCCGCUGUCUUCGACGAGAGAAGUGCUGGACGAGCAUCUUGUUACGUGCAGGCAGCGCAGUGAGAACCUAGACUUUGGUGACGCCAGUGCGCCAGGGAAGACGAGCGGGUCUGGCGCCACUAAAAAGAACCUAGACAUAUGGGCCGUGCAAGAGAUACAACUUGGUGUUCGCAGAACAGCGGUGGUGAUGGACGUCGCUGACGCUGGUGAAGCAAAGCCGUCCACCAGCAAUCGUGAUGAAGACGCCGCGGUUCUUGUCGCAGGGAAAGAAGUGUCAUGCAGCACAGCUGUUUACCUACGGGAGCUCCCUCUGGCAGAGCGGCUACAGGUUUUGUGCCGAUUGAAAUAUUCUGAUUUCGAUCAUGUGAGCUCUGCUGAGCGGGAUGCAAACCGACGUGCGAUGGAAACACUCCAGCCAGACCUGUCACUUGCCGAAUUCGGGUUCGCAGUUGAGUUUUCGAGUCACGGUAAUGAAGAUAGUGAUUCCGCUUCCCGCGCCACGUUCGAACAGGAGGCCAUAAGUCAUCUGCAGCGUUUCUGCAUCGUACUGCGCCGGCGAUACGGAAGGUUUUUUCCUCGGGAACUGGAAUCUGCGAGCCUUAAAGAACUGUGGGAUCGGUUGAAGGGCGAUGUGGUACUUGCGAUUUCUGAAGGACCUACAGAAUUAUAUGGUGAAGAAGACUACAACGACAAUGCCAAUGACAAUCACCCUUUUUCAAAUCGCCGCAGCCGUACCGAGCACGAGAAGGAGCGGUUCGUUGCGGUGGCGAACAACUUGGGUGCGAGUGCAGAAGAAAGGCCAGCAGCACAGCAAGAAUCCACGCUCAGCCCAGGAACGGAGGUGGUGGAUGCACCAGUUUCACAACUUCCUUCGACCACCAACAGUGCCAGUGCUUCUGCUUCAGUGGUUUGGCUGGAAAACCAGAUGAAAGGACUUGUGGUUGCCGAUCUGUUUCGCCUGCAUACCUCCCUCGAGUUGCGCGCCUCGGUGCGUGUUUUGGAUGCGGCAGAGGAAAUGGUCGGAGCUGGUUCUACACAAGACCCAGAACCAGAUGCCGGCAGCACGGAUGCGAAGCAUCAUGAAGGACAGGGGAGUCUGCGAGCACAAUCAGGGACUGCAUUCCUGCAAGCGUCGCCCGGGGCCGCAGCAGCAAGCCGGCAGAAAACACAUGUUCGGGACCGCAUGCAAGAGAGAGUGGAAGCAAUUUUUUCCCGUAUGUUCCCCCGGCUCAUGAGUAGGGCACGAGCCACAGAGAAGCAGAGUUUCAGCCCGUUCGACAGUGGGACUCUUCCACCUGCUUUGCCGCAGCAGGAGCAAAAGAAGGACAAUCUCAUCUUGCCUCCUGUCCUAUUGGCAAUGAUGCUCCGCCGGAUUGCGGUUCGUGUGCAGCUCGACUUCCGACUGCGGCAGGAGCUGUGCUACCAAGCAGAAAUUCGUGUUUUCCCAAGACUCCAUCUCAGUAUGCAUGUGAUCCAGGCAGUAAAAACGCCAGCUCGUCUUCGUUCCUGCGACACCAGGCGGGUCGCUCGAAGAGAUAUCAUUUUGAAAAAGAGGUAGGAGCACAGGAAACGCGAAAAAUUUUCAACAUGAGAAGCUCGGCAGGAGUCGUGGGCGACGAGGCAUGGUUGACGAAAUUUUGAGCGCCACGAUCGGCACACAUCUGGAACCCUUCCUCCGAGAGCUGUAUUUGUUUACGAUUUUGCAAUCGGCCAAAACGACCUCCUAGGAUACUUUUCAAUUUUCAUCAUUUUCAUGUGCCAGUAACCAAAGAAAUGGCAUGUCAAGCGGAGAUUAGGUUAGAAGUUUUUGCUUGCGCUCCGCGUCGGAACUACAACAAAGGCACGAAGUGUACAGAUUGCCUCUGCGGAUGUCGUUGCGCACAUGCUGCGCCUCGUGAUUUUAUGUAGAACCUCGUCUUUGAGAUGAGUGUGACUGUGAGCCAGGUGGAGGUGUUUGUUUUGCUUUCAUACUGUCCCGGGUGGAGUUAUGUCCACAGCUAGCGCAACUAGAGCUCAGAUUUAUUCCGGCUCUUGUCGAGUGCCUAGAUUACCCCAUGAAAAGUGGCCGCGUUGUGCAUGUUGAUCUUCGAGCCUACUCAUGUUCAUCCACUUCUAGUAGGAAUGCGCAAUUUUGUUUUUCGAUGCUAGUACGCCACGAACACGACGAUGCUUCUUGCAGUCGCAGUGGCAACGACAGUUGCAGUAGCAGUAACUCUAACCACAACACCAACUACGAUCAAAGAUAUAGAUUUGCGCAGGCAUGAAUAUGAAAGGAAAAGGGGCGCCAUAGACUAAUAUGUCGUGGCGCCGGUACUCACAAAGUGAAAGUACGCACCAAGCCCAGUGUCAGUUUCGGUUUUACAAAUUGCAUUAAAGAUGAAGUAGAAUCACCACCCAGGGUCACUUUUUCAAGGGAUACAAGCAAGCUUGACGGCUUUUCCCACCUCCCCCGGCCGACGUGAUGACGUUUUAUUCACGGAAAGAACCAGAACCGAAUUUGGAUUUACGUUGCAGUGCGAGUCGUGGAUAUGAUGUUUCGUGUACAGAUUUAUGAUUACUUAUUGUUACUACUUUUCUAGAAUAGACUUGCGCUUUCCUUUCCCUGAUAAAUAUUUGGAAUUCCAUUCUUCUGAACGAAAUACUUGUCACAGCCACGGCCGCUUCAGGAAAAUAUGACAAGACUAAUCAACUACAAGAAGAAGGAAAAAAGUAGGAUGCUGAUACACAAGUCCCUGCCUGUUGCAUACAUGAAAAUUGAAAUAAAUAUCUGGCUCCGGAAUUCACACACUACACGGGCGCCACUCGUGACACUUGUUGGAGAUACAGGAAAAAAUUUGAAUGUCGACAACAUGAAUAUGAGUACAGCCGAGGGGAAGCAUGGUGCACACUGAAUAUACGGAUUCGACACGACGCCUUCAUUCGAUGCAUAGUAUACUACCAGCAAUUGAGCAUGCUUGUUUGUUUGUGGUGAUGCGGAAACGUAAGAACGCAAAUCUGCCCACCAUUUUGUCUAGCGCUUUUCAAGUAUAUUCGAUUUUGUUAGAAGAUCUUGUUGGUGACCUUCAUCUUGAUGUAGCAUUUGGUGCGCAUAUUCAAAAAGAAUGAUCGCAUCUUCGUUGAUAGAUCCGAUAUCAAUACCACGAUGAAACGUCCUAAAACUCCUCGCAUUAUUGCGGGCUCAUUCUCAUGUUUCGCGCAGUCUGAAGUGAACACUCAUGUCUUUCUAUCAUGGACCCGAUUUUGACGAUGUGUCCAGCUCCAGCCUAAGGACGAGGCCAGGGAGGUGCUCAAGGUCUCCGGGCCAUGCGAUUGGAUGUUCUUGCGAACGUAGUGCGCUUACACAUAUAGCAAGUCGGGGGUUGUGCCGGAGAAUGCAGAUAAAGUGUUACGCCUUUAUUUUCCAGGCAAGUUUGCGCAUCUACUUCUACAUUUUUUCCUCGUGUUGGAGCCACAUCACCUGCAUGUAGAAAAUUCAUUGUUUG